AUGACUCAGUCAACCGAUUUGGAGAUCUUCCAAUCACUCAAUGAAACGAACUACCAACAGUUGAGCUUGAUUCCCGACUACCCCUUGGAUUUCAACCUCUUCAUCUUCAGAGGCAUUUCCCAAAGAAGGGGAGCCUCAGAUACUAACGAUAGUAAUACGCUUUUAGCUGACCUACCCGUUGAACAAUUGGAGUUGAUGGUCCCUUCCGAUGGUAAUAAAACGUUUGUUGCCCACCAAAAGUUGUUGAAAAUUCUUAUCGUUGAACGGAUGAGACGGGAUUUAACGAUGAUAAACGCCGAGAGGCAUCGCUUGGACGAGAAUGUCGCUUUGCAGUCAUCAAAAGAAAUAUUGCAAAGAAUAGCAGAAGAAUACUUAUCCAAGGAGUCCUCAAACUCGCCUCUUCUCGACUACCAGAUCCGUUCCCCGAUUUAUAACAUGUUAGACAAAAACCCACAAGAUAGCUACAAGCGCUUUUUCCAGCGGAUGGCGCAGCUACAGGCGUUGGAGUUUAAAUUUGAAACUGAUAUGGAGUUUACUGAUAACGAGGAGUUGAUUGAGAUGUUCCUUAACGACGACAUUUUGGAUUUCAACAAGAAUUUCGUUCCUACCAGAGAGCAAAUAGAUGCGGCGGAAGGCUCUGAAGAGUUGAGAGCCCAAAUGGAGAUCAGGGAGAAAGCCGAGCAGGCGCAGAGAGUGGAGCAAAUGUUCAGCUCGGAAAUUGUUAGGGUGAUGAUUCCCCUUGCCGCGCAAGCCGUCUUAACCGGUGUGAAAUUAUCCGAUAUUAAGAAUAUCGAGGACUUGGAGGCGGUGGUAUAA